AUGGAACGUUCCACAAUAGUUUGCGCUAUAAAUCUAAUUAAAGAAGUGCUGGAAUCAUCUUCGUCAUUGGAUGAUGAAGAGGAUGAAAUUUAUGCUUUAUUGGGGCAACGAAAUUAUAUACCGCGUGUUAAAUGCUUUGUGGAUAAUGUUAUAAAUUUAUACUCAGAGAGCGAUUUUAAAAAAAACCUUCGUAUUAGCCGUGGAAGUUCCAUGUAUUUUAUUGAGAGAUACUCCUCAUUUUUUUCUAAAAGAUCGUACCAAGGCGGAAGGUGCCAGUUACCUAUUGAGACACAGAUUCUGUCAUUUUUGUGGUUUUGUGGUAACAAAUCUACCUUUCGAGAAGUGGGCAAUCUCUUUGGCAUGUUACUAUCAACUAUCCACAAUUCAUUUAACAAUGUAUUGGAUUUUAUCAUAACAGAUUUAGCACCCGCAGUUAUAAAAUUUCCCCAAACAAUAGAAGAAAAGGAAAUUAUGUCGAAAGAAUUCGAAAAGAUUGCAGGUUUUCCAAAUAUAUUGGGGUGUAUAGACGGAAGUUAUAUUUCUAUUAGAACUCCUAAA